CUCUUUGAUUAGCCAAUAAUGCUUAUGAGCAUUGUAUCAAAUCAAAGCUCCGCCUUAGGUCCUUCAAAGACGCCGGAUAUGACUGACAAGUGACUUCUUCACUCCUGCCCGAGGAGGCCUGGUUCUUCAUCCAAUCAUAAUUUUGCUUUGACGAAAAAGGCGGAGCGCUGACAUCUUCUUCGUUGGUACUAUUGGUUUCAACUUCCGGCUGCAUCGUCCUCUGGAAAUCACAACAAUGGGCGGUGUUUUGGCUGCCAGCUCCCCCAACCCACUACCACCAGCCUCGGGCGGCACUCCUGCCCCUGGCUUGAUGGUGCCGCCGGGCUUUGGGAUGCCUCCAGUUUCCACAGAAAAUGCUUUGCCCAAUCCGGGAGCGUUCGACGAGUGUCAUCGGAAAUGCAAAGAGGUUUUUCCUUUGCAGAUGGAAGGCGUGAAGCUAGUCGUUAACAAGGGCCUCAGCAACCACUUCCAGGUGAGUCACACUGUGCUGCUGAGCACCACUGGAGAUUCCCUCUACCGGUUCGGUGCUACAUAUGUUGGCUCAAAGCAGACCGGUCCAGCAGAGUCUUUCCCAGUCAUGGUGGGAGACAUGGACAACAGCGGGAGCCUUAACGCCCAGAUCAUCCACCAGAUCACCAACAGAAUACGAUCCAAAGUGGCCUUCCAGACACAACAACACAAAUUUGUGAACUGGCAAGGCGAUGCUGAAUUCAGGGGAGAAGAUUUUACUGCAACUGUCACACUCGGAAACCCAGAUGUCCUCGUUGGCUCUGGUAUCGUCGUCGCACACUACCUCCAGUCCAUAACGUCCGCUCUGGCUCUGGGAGGGGAGCUGGUUUACCACCGCCGGCCCGGAGAGGAGGGCUCAGUAAUGUCUUUAGUUGGCAGAUAUACAGGCAACAACUACAUCGCCACGUUAACACUCGGCUCAGCCGGAGCUCAUGCAUCUUAUUACCACAAAGCCAACGAUCAGCUGCAGGUCGGUGUGGAGUUUGAGGCCAGUGCUCGCAUGCAAGACACCAGUGUGUCGUUUGGCUACCAGCUAGAUGUGCCUAAAGCAAAUUUACAGUUUAAAGGUUCGAUCGACAGUAACUGGAUCGUUGGGGCAACGCUGGAAAAGAAGCUGCUCCCGCUGCCCCUCUCUCUGGUCCUCUGCGCCUUCCUCAACCACCGCAAAAACAAGUUCCAGUGCGGCUUUGGCGUCACCAUCGGUUAGACCGACGUAACGCCGCCUCACGGACUCGCUGCUGACGUAGAGACUUUUCCACGAAAACUGCUGAUGACCUCUGUGAUAGAUUUGACCCUUAAUCAUAGUGCUGGUUUCACCGUAUGUGGUGAAUGUAAGCGGUUCAUAAAAAUCUACAUUCGACUCUAAUCCUAAAAGAUUAACUCCCGUGAACGAUGAGCAGUGUAACGAAUGACCUGUCAGGAAUGAGUGGACCCUCGUCACAAACCGUAGAGCUGCAGGAGGACGGAUUUUCAGAGCUCUCUGAGUUCGGUGCCUGUCGUGUUUGUUUUUGUUUUGCUCCUGAUUUAAUUAUUUUUUUUUUUUUUUUUAUCAUUAAGUCUGUCCUGAUGUGCAGUGAAUGAAAUCAUCAUGAGUUGCUUGUUUAACAGUGAUUUGUUGGUUACAGCUGUUAGGAUCGAGCUUACUGUGUAUCAUGUUCACAGUGCAUCACUUGUUUUGCCUUUUUUAUGUUACAUACAUACUGAACAGUAUAUAUGACCUGUAUAUACUACUUGAAAGCUGAUCAAUACAGUUUCUUACAAACA